AAACUGUCACUCUGUUUACAGUAGGCAACAUUUCACGCGACGCAGUGAACGCGUCCUGUCUAUUCUCAACGCGUCGCGUCUAUUUUAAACGCGUCCUUGUCACCUAUUUUCUUUAUUAUUAGUGUUCGCGGGUUGAUUUUGGAGCCGGUGUUGUUAUAAACGGGGGUGUGAAAGUGAAGUUUAAAGCGGAAGUGUAAAAGUUGCCGUCUGUUUCUGAGUCUCAUUCAUGCGUUUGGGCGCUCGGAGCCGCGUGCACAACAGCCGUCGACGCGUUUAUGAAGUUGCUGUGGUGUAAAUAAGUCAAAUUUAGAGACAGAUGAGCUCUUUUUACGGCGAAAAAGCUGCGUUAGGACUGGCAGCGGAGCUCAGUCAGGUGAACUGUCAGGAUGAGCUGGAGUUUGACUACCUUUUUGAGUACGAAAACCAAACAGGACUUCAAGAUGAGCAAAGCAUCUCCUCACACAGCUCUCCUCCCAGCCUCUCCUAUCCUCCAGAGGGUGCUGCGCCAUACGCCAUCAAGCCGUGUGCGUCCUCCUAUGCAGACGUCCACAACGAAGGCUUCUCUGCGUAUGAGCAACUGGAGGCCAAGGGCUACCUGGAGCACGCCCGACCCAACAACCAGGCCUUGAGCCCCAGAAUCGAAAUCACACCUUCGCGCGAGCUCUACAAUCAUGGUCAAAACCAGCUCAUAAACACCAGCCCCAGUCCUGGACUCACUGUGCCAGGUCAAGAUCCGUUAGCCUAUCGGGAGCCACAAUGCUUGAGUCCCGCCAGUAGCAAUUCAUCCACUUCUUGGCACUCCGAAAACCUCUCGCCCUGGGCAUCGCCCUGUGUUUCACCCAGUAACAGCCAGCUUUCUGGCGAUCUCUGUCCACGACUGCAGGGCGUCCAUACGGGAUCUCCUAGAACCAGUCCGGGCACUUCUCCACAGACCACCAGCCUGGCUGAGGAAGCUUGCAUUGGCCCCCGCUCUCCUUCCCCCCGACCUGGUUCGCGUUCAACCUCCCCUCUAUGCAAACGCACCUACGAGAUGUACACAAACCCAAACCUCAUCCCCGUGGCCCGUUCUCGCAGCCCGUCGCCCCACGGUGGCCACAAGGAGCAUCACGUCAACCAUUACGUCUCAAAUAAUGGCGUGAAUGGCUUCAGUGUUGGCCAGGCUGCUUCUGUUCCUACUAAAAUCGUAAAGACCAACCAGCAGGGCUACCAGCUUUAUUCAGACAACCACACUGAGGGUUACCUACUGUCUUGUGAGCAGGAUGUGAAGGGCAAACCUGGCCCCGAGCCUUUCUUCGUCAUCCCUCAAAUCUGGCCCAAACAGCUGGUUCCUGGCAUGUGCAGCAUCCCGGUGUCAUCUCUGCCACCCCUGGAGUGGCCUCUGCCGAGCCGCACGGAUCAGCUGGAGCUCCACAUCGAGGUGCAGCCCAAACCCCAUCACAGGGCUCACUAUGAGACGGAGGGCAGCCGCGGGGCAGUCAAAGCCCCGACUGGAGGACACCCGGUGGUCCAGUUACGUGGAUACAGAGGAAAGGAGCCACUGGGUUUGCAGAUCUUCAUUGGCACGGCAGACGAGCGAAUCCUGAAACCUCAUGCUUUCUAUCAAGUCCAUCGCAUAACCGGUAAAACCGUUACCACCACCAGCUACGAAAAGAUCAUUAAUGGCACCAAAGUCCUGGAAAUUCCUCUCGAGCCAAAAAAUAAUAUGAAAGCCAUAAUUGACUGUGCCGGGAUUCUCAAGCUUCGCAAUGCCGACAUCGAGCUGCGGAAAGGAGAGACUGAUAUCGGCCGGAAAAACACGCGUGUUCGACUGGUAUUCCGUGUUCAUAUUCCCCAGCAAAGCGGCCAAUAUCUGUCUCUACAAAUCGCUUCACAUCCUAUUGAAUGCUCUCAGAGAUCUGCCCAUGAGCUGCCCAUGGUGGAAAAGCAGGACAUGGAUGCUUGUUCUGUUCUUGGAGGGCAGCAGAUGAUCCUCACCGGCCAGAACUUCAGCGCAGAUUCAAAGGUGAUCUUCAUGGAGAAAACUCAUGAUGGACAGCAAAUUUGGGAACUGGAAGCAACAGUGGACAAAGACAAAAGUCAAGCAAGCAUGCUGUUCAUUGAGGUUCCUCCAUAUAGAGAUUCGUCUGUUUGCCAUGCUGUCAAGGUCAAUUUCUAUGUGAUAAAUGGGAAACGGAAGCGCAGUCAACCCCAGCAUUUCACCUACACGCCUCUACCAGUACCAUCUAUUAAGACAGAGCCAGUGGAUGAAUAUGAAUCUGGACGGAUGGGUUAUUCCAUGUCACAGAUGCUGGGAGUUUCUCCCCAACAAUACUAUAGCCCUCGUGGGGUGAUCACCCCAGACAGCGGCCUGGUGCCUGGCCUUGUCCCAUGUCAACAGACCCGCUUGGGUGUCUCCCCUCCGGACCACCGAUUUCAACAGCAGAGCCCUGCCAUAAUGUACUCCCGUCCUGGAAAAAGCUUGUCCAGUAGUCCAAUUUACUCUCAGACGGCAGCCGCUAUGAUACCAGAAUCUCAUCGAUCAGUUCUGGUCCACACCGGUUCCCCAGCCCAGUCCUCCCAUCUGGGAAGCCAACUUCCCACCAACCAGCAUCCCUCAAUCAUCCAAUUUUCUCCAACCAAUCAUCACCUGCUCCGAGGAGGAGAUCCCCCUGCACCGCCACCCCCCGAACAUCAGCACAUCAUUUAUUGUGAGGGCUAUAAUCAGCAUGGCCCUCAAUCCACUGGGGCAAACCGUUCCCCAGCACCAGCCCAAGCAGCCCAACACCCUCAGAAUUACCCCACUGUCAUCCAGCAGCAGCCUUUUCUCCAGAGAGUGGCCAAAGACAGGUCACCGCCUGCCCAAGUUGAGCCCCAGAGAUGUUCCUCCGCAGAAGAACCGAGAGCCAACGUCCCAGGACGCGUCACGGUCAAGCAGGAGAACCUGGAUCAGGCCUAUCUUGAUGAUGUGAAUGAGAUCAUCAGGAAGGAUCUGACUGGAGUGCAUGGCAGGAGUCAGACAUAGAGGAAAAAAGCCUGAUCAGGAACCAAGCCGGAGCCCUCCAGUGUCUGUUUAUGCGCCAUUUUCCUUUCACUCAGCGCCGCACGUGAGAGAAACAGCGAUAAUUCGAUAAUUCACCUGUCACAAACUGGAUCAUGGACCACAUUUAACCAAACAUGCAGAAACGGCAGCGUGUUGAUGUGCAAAUGGUGUUAAAUUUCCUUUCUAUUAUUUGACUUCUGAAACCGGUCCAAUGUUGACCUCAUAUGUCAGUGUUGUCAGAAUUGAGCCUCCAUAAACAGUUUGGACUGGACAAGUGAAGUAAAGUCGCAUUUUUCCAUAAUUAUUCCAUAACUUUUUGACUGAACCCACUCAGAUUAGUUUAUUUCGACCAUAACCUCAUAACCUAUGAGACCAAGCCAUUACUUUCCAAUAAUAAGUGGAGGGAAAGGGGAUGAAUUGACAGCUAAUGUUGAAUAUGUUUAAGCGUAGCUUGUUUUUGCAUAACAUAAAAAAGCCUUACAUGAGGAUAGUUCACUCAAAAAUUGAAAUGUGCGUUUAAAUUACUCAACCUCAGGGUAUCCAAGAUGUAGGGGAGUUUUUUUUCUUAAGAAGAACAUUGAAGAAGAUUGUUAACUAAAACUGUAGCCCUUAAGUGAAUCAUAAAAUGACAAAAGUCAAUGACUACUGGCACUUUGAGAGCUAAACGAACAUAUACAGACAGAACUCUAAUGGUGCCUUCACACCAGAUGCGGAUGAAGCGUCAAGCGUGAGUGUUUUACAUGUUAAGUCAAUGCAAAGACGCGAAUAGACAUCCUGCGGUGAUUCGUGCGAAUGAGGCAGCGCAGAUGACGAUUCGCUUAAGAUGGAAAAUCUGAACUUUAGCAGAGUUUCAUGCCGCAUCUACCAAUCAGGAGCUUGCUCUUGUAGGGGCGUGAUCAUAUAUAACAAAUCCAAUGAUCAUAUAUUCCAUCAUCCAGGGAUAGUUUUUGGAGGAGAUGAUGAACUCACAGAGCUGGACAACAUAAGCUCAUUCUGAAAACGUAGCCCUAUAUACAUUCCUGGAGAUCGCGAAUUAUGUAGCCAGAGGUACGUAUGGCUGCAUUUCAUUUUUAAAAUGAAUGCUACGGGGCGGCAUGCUGCUGUUCCUUUCCGAUAUGAACGGCUUUCCCGCUGUUACCAGUUUGUCUGGUUAGCUCGCCAUGUACGUCAGUGGACUUGAAACGCAGAGAGGAAUUGACCACAAUGACGGAAUUUAAGUCUGGUGAAGAACGGUUCUAGAAAGUGGGGAAAAAAGAAAAACAGAAGCCAAUAAAUAAACAAGUAAAUAACAGGGUGAGAAUGUGGUAAAAUCUAAAAACGUGGUAAAAAUCAGGCGAGGGAUUUUCUUUUUUCUGGAUUGUUUUUUUUUUUUAUUGUGCUUGGGUUUAGGGAAGUGGGUGGGCGGGUCAAUCUGUGCUUUUUAAAAUACUAUUGGUUGGGUUUAGAGGAGGAGGAGGGUGGGUCAGUCGAUUGGUCAGUCAGUCAGUCAUUCAGAUUUAUGCGAGAAUGAGUUAGAUUCCUUGACUUCAGUCCAAUGAACAAUUAGAGGUGGAAAGAGUACUGAAAAAUCAGACUCAAGUAAAAGUACUAUUACUUACCCAAAAAUAUUGUGCAAGUAGAGUAAAAGUAUCUGUUGUAUAUAUUACUAUAAUUAUGACUAAAAUUAUGACUAAAAAGUAGCUUUAUUUGUCUAAAAAUACAAUGGCUUGUCAUCAAUUAUUCCCUACAUAUAAUAUAGGGUAUUAUUCAGUUUGUUAGCUUUUUUUACUUUCAAAGAGACAUUUUUUAUUUUGUCAGUCAUCGAGGAUCACAAUGUUUGUUUAAAAUAUUUUCAGAUGACCUGAGGUUGAAUAAAUUAACAGCAAAUAUUCAUUUUUGGGUGAACAAUCCCUUGGAACUGACUAUACGUUAAUGCACUGUUCAUAAAGGGAAUUCUUUAAAAGCCACAAAUGCACUUCUUGUCAGUAGACGAUAUUUUAUUUAAAGUUUCUCAUUAAAAGGAGGUUUGUUACAGUGUAGAUAUUGCGCUAACACAGCUGAGAAAAACCAAUGAAAUUUGAUUUGAAUGUAAAUAGAAAACUGAACCUCCGUGCCUUCGCGUACAGGGCUGUAAAAUUACCAAAGUUAUCAAAAAAUUUGCAUAAAUAAAGGUACAUCUAUCCUUGUGUCAAGUCAGUCAAUAAGAGACUUUUUUGCCAUACCACACUCACCGGCCACUUUAUUAGGUACACCUUACUAGUACUGGGUUGGACCCCCUUUUGCCAUCAGAACUGCCUUAAUCCUUGGUGUCAUAGAUUCAACAAGGUGCUGGAAAAAUUCCUCAGAGAUUUUGGUCCAUAUUGACAUGAUAGCAUCACGUAGUUGCUGCAGAUUUGUCAGCUCCACAUUCAUGAUGUGAAUCUCUUGUUCUAACACAUCCCAAAAAUACUCUAUUGGAUUGAGGUCUGGUGACUGUGGAGGCCAUUCGAGUACAGUGAGCUCAUUGUCAUGUUCAAGAAACCAGUCUGAGAUGAUUCGCGCUUUAUGAUAUGACGUGUUAUCCUGCUGGAAGUAGCCUUCAGAAGAUGUGUACACUGUGGUCAUAAAGGAAUGGUUAUCAAAUAACCACGGUUGUAAUGAGUGGUUAUUUGAGUUGCUGUUGCCUUUCUAUCAGCUCGAACCAGUCUGGCCAUUCUACUCUGACCGCUGGCAUCAACAAGGCAUUUGCACACACAGAACUGCAGCUCACUGAAUAUUUUCUCUUUUUCUGACCAUUCUCUGUAAACCCUAGAGAUGGUUGUGCGUGAAAAUCCCAGUAGACCAGCAGUUUCUGAAAUACUGGCACCAACAACCAUGGCACGUUGAAAGUCACUUAAAUCAUAUAAACCUUUCUUCCCCAUUCUGAUGCUCAGACAAGCAGUUGGACAGGUGUACCUAAUAAAGUGGCCGGUGAGUGUAAAACAGUAUAGUUAUCAUAUUUUGUUUGAUCUGUUUUACUAAAGAUUACACUUGUAUUUUAUCAAGUUUUUAUACCCCAUGUUACAGUUUCGGGUAGAUGUAUUACAGAUCUCAUGGAUAUUUCCUUAAACAAUAUCAUCUUUUUAUAUAUAGUGUGUAGAACAUUCCAAAUAUGGAAAUCAGUUUCUGUAUUUAUACCUACGUUUUCUCUUUCAUAUUAAUUGCAAGCUUUAUUUAUUUAUUUUUUGCAAGAUUUAUUGAACUAACAAAGCACAAUAAUCAAGAAGCAUCUUUUUGAGAUUAUUUUUGAUAGAAAUCCUGCCCACUUUUUCAACAAGACAAAAUGCAAUAAGAGUAUUUUUAUAUGCCUUAACAAUUUUGGCUUGCGUAUGGAAUACAUCAAUAAUUCAUUUGUAAGUAUCGUCUAAAAAGUGACCUUUAUUCUUUAGGAAAACAUAAAAAGUGAUGUUUCUGUAUUUUUUUUUUUUUUUGUACAGCGGGCUUAACAGAACUAUAUACAGAAUGUAAACCAUAUAUUUUACUGUAAAUAGAUCACCCUUUACAGUAAGUGUAUAGUGUGUUUCUGUUAUGUCUAUUUUUUCAAAUCUGAGUCCUAAUCGGAAGAGAAUGUUUAUAUGAACUGAAUCAGUUGUUCUCUUGCAAUUUAAUACCUUAUAACCAAUGCUCUGGGAAUACAUCGACGACCAAAGCUUUUUUUUUGCUGCAUAUACUGUAGUACAAACUGCAUUUAAUUUUUUUUAUAUAUAUAUUAAUAUAAGACUGUCCAUGGCGAAAGAGAGACCAAUUAUAUUUUUUAUUGCAUUAGCUUGUCAUAUUCAUGUUUUGGCUUAAACGUGUCUUAUCUAUAAUGAGCAAUAAAACUGAACG